GGCGCUGGGGUCUGGGGGCACUGCUCAGCGGCGCUGGGCUGGCGCGGCUUGAGCCGCCGCCGCACUGACAGCUCCGUCUGCGGACCAUGGAGACCCGCGCCGGUCCACACCCGCUGCGCCUGUUGGUCUGCCUGAUGCCGCUCUGUCUCGCGCUGCUUUUGGGACCCGGGCGGCCCGGCACCGCCGAAGAAGUCAUCCUCCUGGAUUCCAAAGCCUCCCAGGCUGAGCUGGGCUGGACUGCACUACCAAGUAAUGGGUGGGAGGAGAUCAGCGGUGUGGAUGAACAUGACCGUCCCAUCCGCACAUAUCAAGUGUGCAAUGUGCUGGAACCCAACCAGGACAACUGGCUGCAGACCGGCUGGAUCCGCCGCGGCCACGGGCAGCGCAUCUUCGUGGAACUACAGUUCACGCUGCGUGACUGCAGCAGCAUCCCCGGCGCCGCGGGCACCUGCAAGGAGACCUUCAACGUCUACUACCUGGAAACCGAGGCCGACCUGGGCCGCGGGCGGCCUCGCAAAAUUGACACCAUCGCAGCAGACGAGAGCUUCACGCAGGGCGACCUGGGCGAGCGCAAGAUGAAGCUGAACACAGAGGUGCGGGAGAUCGGCCCGCUCAGCCGGCGGGGUUUCCACCUGGCCUUUCAGGACGUGGGAGCGUGCGUGGCGCUGGUCUCUGUGCGAGUCUACUACAAGCAGUGCCGCGCCACGGUGCGGGGCCUGGCCGCGUUCCCGGCCACAGCAGCCGAGAGCGCUUUCUCCACCUUGGUGGAAGUGGCUGGGACGUGCGUGGCGCACUCAGAAGGGGAACCUGGCAGCCCCCCACGCAUGCACUGCGGCGCCGAUGGCGAGUGGCUGGUGCCAGUGGGUCGCUGCAGCUGUAGCGCCGGAUUCCAGGAGCGCGGGGACACUUGUGAAGCCUGUCCCCCAGGGUUUUACAAGGUGUCCCCGCGGCGGCCCCUCUGCUCACCCUGCCCAGAGCACAGUCGGGCCCUGGAAAACGCCUCCACGUUCUGCGUGUGCCAAGACAACUAUGCGCGCUCGCCCACCGACCCGCCCUCAGCUUCCUGCACCCGGCCGCCGUCGGCGCCGCGGGACCUGCAGUACAGCCUGAGCCGCUCACCGCUGGCGCUGCGGCUGCGCUGGCUGCCGCCUGCCGACUCGGGCGGCCGCUCCGACGUCACGUACUCGCUGCUGUGCCUGCGCUGCGGCCGCGAGGGCCCGGCGGGCGCGUGCGAGCCGUGCGGGCCUCGCGUGGCCUUCGUGCCGCGCCAGGCCGGGCUGCGGGAGCGUGCGGCCACUCUGCUCCACCUGCGCCCCGGCGCGCGCUACACGGUGCGCGUGGCCGCGCUCAAUGGCGUCUCGGGGCCGGCUGCCGCCGCGGGAGCCACCUACGCGCAGGUCACCGUCUCCAUUGGGCCCGGGGUUCCCGGGGAGGAAGAUGAGAUCCGCAGGGAAAGAGUGGAGCCUCAGAGUGUGUCCUUGUCCUGGCGAGAGCCCAUUCCCGCUGGAGGCCCUGGGGCCAAUGCCACGGAGUAUGAGAUCAGAUACUACGAGAAGGGUCAGAGUGAACAGACUUACUCCACAGUGAAGACCGGGGUGCCCAUGGUUACUGUCACCAACUUGAAGCCGGCUACCCGCUACAUCUUUCAGAUCCGGGCAGCUUCCCCAGGACCCUCCUGGGAGGCCCAGAGCUUCAACCCCAGCAUUGAAGUGCAGACCCUGGGGGAAGCCGCCUCAGGGUCCAGGGAUCAGAGCCCUGCAGUUGUCGUCACCGUAGUGACCAUCUCGGCCCUCCUCAUCCUGGGCUUUGUGAUGAGCGUGCUGGCCAUAUGGAGGAGGCCCUGCAGCUAUGGCAAAGGAGGUGGGGACGCCUGCGAUGAAGAGGAGCUGUACUUCCACUUCAAAGUCCCAACACGGCGAACGUUCCUGGACCCCCAGAGCUGCGGGGACCCGCUGAAGGCUGUGCAUCUGUUCGCCAAGGAGCUGGAUGCGAAAAGUGUCAUUCUGGAGAGGAGCCUGGGAGCAGGGCGGUUUGGGGAGCUGUGCUGUGGCUGCCUGCAGCUGCCUGGCCGCCAGGCACUCCCUGUGGCUGUGCACACGCUGAGGGACGGCUCCUAUGACUCGCAGAGGCUCAGCUUCCUGGCUGAAGCCCUUACGCUGGGCCAGUUUGACCACAGCCACAUCGUGCGGCUGGAGGGUGUCGUCACCCGAGGAAGCCCCUUGAUGAUUGUCACCGAGUACCUGAGCCUAGGGGCCCUGGAUGGCUUCCUCAGGCGGCACGAGGGGCAGCUGGUUGCUGGGCAGUUGGUGGGAUUGCUGCCCGGGCUGGCGUCAGCCAUGAAGUAUCUGUCGGAGAUGGGCUACGUUCACCGGGGCCUGGCAGCCCGCCGCGUGCUGGUCAGCAGUGGCCUCAUCUGCAAGAUCUCUGGCUUUGGGCGGGGGCCCCGGGACCGGGCAGAGGCUGUGUACACUACCAUGAGCGGCCGGAGCCCAGCACUGUGGGCUGCCCCUGAGACGCUUCAGUUUGGCCACUUCAGCUCUGCCAGUGACGUGUGGAGCUUUGGCAUUCUCAUGUGGGAGGUGAUGGCCUUUGGGGAGCGGCCCUACUGGGAUAUGUCUGGCCAAGACGUGAUCAAGGCCGUGGAGGAUGGCUUCCGGCUGCCACCCCCCAGGAGCUGUCCCCCUACCUUGCACCGACUAAUGCUUGACUGCUGGCAGGACGACCCAGGUGAGCGGCCCAGGUUCUCCCAGAUCCACAGCAUCCUGAACAAGAUGGUGCAGGACCCAGAACCCCCGAAGUGUGCCAUGGCCACCUGUCCCAGGCCUCCAACCCCGCUGGCGGACCGUGCCUUCUCCACCUUCCCAUCCUUUGGCUCUGUGGGGGAGUGGCUGGAGGCCCUGGACCUAUGCCGCUACAAGGACAGUUUCACUGCUGCUGGCUACAGGAGCCUGGAGGCCGUGGCUGAGAUGACCGCUCAGGACCUGAUGAACCUGGGCAUCUCUUCGUUGGAACACAGAGAAUCCCUCCUUAGUGGGAUCAGCGCCCUGCAGGCACGAGUGCUCCAGCUGCAGGGCCAGGGGGUGCAGAUGUGAGCAGGCCCCUUUUCUUCCUGCGGGAGUUCAGGCCCCCAGCCCUACUGGAGGACCCUGGCAAGCUGCACUUCCCCUGUGUGGGAGUGAAGGCUCUUCCUUUUCUUGAGCCCAGAAUUGGUUUGGAGCCACAGCUCCUCUCUCACUGCCUGCUCCUUCUGUUUUCCCUAGUCUGAAAACCUCUCCUGACUCUGUGCCCCUGGAAAAAGAGGUUCAAAUCCCUGGGGAGGGUCUCAGAGCCAGAGCUGGAGAGCUGGGGCAGGGAUGGAGAGGGGAGACAAGAGAUUUAAGUUGCCCUGGCUCAUGCUCUUCUGUCUUCCAUAUCCACAGGCUGGGGCUCCCCAGUGGGUGUCCCUUUUCCACAUACCCAUCGGUCAGCCAGAAGAGUAUGGGCCCCUGAGGGACUCUUGUUAGACCCAUCAGUGACCACACCUGCUUAGCAGUCCACGCUUGGGAGGCUGGGCUGGAGAGGCAGGUUCUUGGCCCCCUGUGCCUUGGUGGGGGCCUGCUGGACUCUGGUCAGGGCCCAGGCAGUCAUUGGUGGUGCCAAGAUCAGGGGCUGGCCCCCAAGGGCCUAGACUCAGAAGCUGAUUUCUGCUUCCCCUUGCCUUGGGCUGAAGUUCAGGGUGAGGGCGAGAGUCCUGGCCAGGACAUGCAAGGCUCUGGUGCUCCCUGGGGCCCAUUAGGCCCCUAUUUACAUUCCUUUUAUGAACUCAGUGGUGGGGACAUCUGGGAAGAGCAUGAAAGGAUGUCUUCUCCAAAGGGACCCAAGAGCUUUGCUCUCUAGCCUUGGGGGAUAGAGAAGGGGAUACUCAGAGGUGGGUUUUCUCUAAGGGCUGUUACUAGCUCCCAGUGUACAGAGGGGAGUCAGGACCAGAGCUGUGGUCAGAACCUAGUCUAGGGAUGAGGCUGGCUCUGGAGAGUCCUUGGUCUUGCCCUGUGGCAGCAGCAUUCUUCCCAGUGCAGCCCAGGGCAUCCUCUAGGGGUGAAUCCUCCACAAGCCCUGCUUCUUGGGCACUACUCAGCCUCCUGUGGAGGUCUCUGCCCUCUGGCUUCUCCCAAGCAUGGGCAGAAGUGGUUGAGUUAAUCUGACUCCAGAGUUCCUUAUCUACAGGGUCCCAGAAAGUGAUCAGGAAGAUAGGGCUUUUGCAGGGACUUUGGAUCUGGAUGAGGCCACAGGGGCUGUACUUGUGCAGGCCCCCCCUGUGUCUGCUCAGCUUGGCUGUGUCUUUGGAUGGGUGGGUGGGGAAAUGAGGAGAUGAAGAGUGGAGAAAAGAGGUGAAUGAGACACACAUCUGCCCUUGGAGGGCUCAGACUAGAUGGGGAGAUGAGCUCUGAUAUCAAGGAGUAAUUCCCUCAGUCCCCCAGUGCCCAGCCCCUCCCACCCCCAGGAGCCCUCAGAGUCAGCAGGAGGGUGGACUGUAGGAGCAGGUGGACAGUCCUGAUGUCUGUGUACUGAGGGGUGUCCAGAAAGGCUUUUCAGCUGAUGUGUGAGUUGAGGAGGGCCUUGCAGUUGGGAGGAGGAGAUGCUUUGCUUAGAAUGAGUGGAGUUUUCAGCAGCUGAGAUGGCAGGUCUAGGACAAGAGGAGUGCAGCCCCUGAGGCCAUCCAGAGGGCCUGGCAUGGGAAAGGGCCCAGAGGCUGAAAUGUACACCACAUCUUGCAGAGCACCCAGUGGUGGGGGUCGGUGACCCCCAGCAGUGCCUUUGGCCUUGUCUGCCAGCAGCAGCUCCUCCCUCCUUAGAAUCUCUCCCAGCCCUGCUGCCUCCUCUCCUGAGCACCUGUCCCAGCUCAGUGACUUUGAGGGUGCUGGGGGGAAACCAAGAUAUUGCAACCAUCUUUGACAGGGUUUGCGGGGCCCCCUGCCAGGUGCUUUCCAGGCUCUGCAUUCUCCACAUCUAGGGACAUGGGGACUAUUGUCUCUUCUUGGGUGGACAGAGCUUCAUUGCCAUCUCCAGGAACAUCAGUCACUCUCUUAAGGGCAAGUCGUCUCCCCUGCCCCACCUGCUCGCAGAGGGGCCCUGGCUGUGUUGACAGUACUUCGGUGUCCAGGGUAGAUCUUCCCUCCACUAAGGACUGAGGUCCCACAACCCUGAUGGGUCCCAGGCCUCAGCCCCGCACAGGCGCUGAUGUGGUGCAGGGUGAUGGCUCUCCGAGGGCCCUCCACAAAUCUAUUUUUAUAUGAAACUUGUUCACUGGACAGACAGAGGUGGCCUGCAACCCCCCAUCAUCCCGGUCUAAGCCCAUCCAGGGAGGGAGGGGGCCAGUAGGAGAGGGGUUUCCUUUGACUACUUCUGGAGAUGUUUUUAUAUUUCUUGGGUUCUUAUGCAGGACACAGUAAUAAAAACUUGUCUGUGAUAUGGUUGGUACCUGUUGGAAUGAUAGUUGCUUAAUUACUGUGUAGCUUGUGUGGGAGGGUUCUUGCUUCCCCUUCCUGGGGCGGAGUGUCCAGAGCAUAUGUCUGAGAUCUUUCUGCAUA